AUGCGCCGCAACAAGUUUCUGCUGUCUGGCAAUCUCCAUGGUGGCUCGGUGGUUGCAAGCUACCCCUAUGAUGAUUCUCCUACACACAAGCCCACAGGAAUCUACAGUAAAUCAGCUGACGAUGAAGUAUUCAAAUAUUUGGCAAAAGCUUACGCGUCGAAUCACCCCAUAAUGAGAACUGGCAAACCCAAUUGCCCUGACGAGGAGGGAGAGACCUUCCAAGAUGGUAUCACCAAUGGUGCCCAGUGGUACGAUGUAGAAGGUGGGAUGCAGGAUUACAACUAUGUGUGGGCCAACUGCUUUGAGAUCACGUUGGAGCUGUCCUGCUGCAAAUACCCACCGACCUCUGAGCUGCAGCAGGAGUGGGAGAACAACCGGGACUCGCUGCUCGCCUUCAUUGAGAAGGUCCACAUCGGUGUGAAGGGCUUUGUCAGGGAUGCAGUCACUGGAGCUGGCCUGGAGAAUGCGACCAUUGUUGUUGCUGGUAUUGCUCAUAACAUCACAGCAGGCAAAUUUGGGGAUUACCACCGGCUGCUUGUGCCUGGGACCUACAACGUGACUGCAGUUGUAAUGGGUUACGCACCAGUGACCAGAGAGAACAUCGAGGUGAAGGAGGGAGAUGCAACAGAAGUGGACUUCUCCCUGCAGCCAACCGUGAUGCCACCAGUUCUUAACGUCACACAGCCAACAGCAACGGCCGCUCCUGUCCCUACCGCCGCCCCCGGCCCCGUGGAGGCCCCAGGCCCGACCUCCUCCCACCAACCCAUCCAGCCCGUGGACUUCAGGCACCAUCACUUCUCGGACAUGGAGAUCUUCCUGCGGCGCUACGCCAGCGAGUACCCCCGCAUCACGCGCCUCUACUCGGCGGGCAAGUCGGUGGAGCUGCGGGAGCUCUACGUCAUGGAGAUCUCCGACAACCCCGGCGUCCACGAAGCGGGUGAGCCGGAGUUCAAGUACAUUGGUAACAUGCAUGGGAAUGAAGUAGUGGGACGAGAGCUUCUCCUGAACCUCAUCGAGUACCUCUGCAAGAACUUCGGCACAGAUCCUGAAGUGACUGACCUGGUUCAGAGCACUCGGAUCCACAUCAUGCCCUCUAUGAACCCUGAUGGCUAUGAGAAGUCCCAGGAAGGAGACAGAGGAGGUACCGUUGGCAGGAACAACAGCAACAACUACGACCUGAACCGUAACUUCCCGGAUCAGUUCUUCCACGUGGCAGACCCUCCGCAGCCAGAGACUCUGGCUGUUAUGACCUGGCUGAAGACCUACCCCUUUGUGCUCUCAGCAAACCUGCACGGAGGUUCUCUGGUGGUUAAUUACCCCUUUGAUGAUGAUGAACAAGGAAUAGCCAUAUACAGUAAAUCCCCAGACGACGCUGUGUUUCAGCAGCUGGCACUUUCCUACUCCAAGGAAAACACAAAGAUGUACCAGGGAAGGCCCUGCACGGAUAUGUACCCCACUGAGUACUUCCCACAUGGCAUCACUAAUGGGGCUCAGUGGUACAACGUUCCAGGUGGGAUGCAAGACUGGAAUUACUUAAAUACAAACUGCUUUGAAGUGACCAUUGAGUUGGGCUGUGUGAAAUAUCCAAAAGCUGAGGAGCUGCCAAAGUACUGGGAGCAGAACCGCCGCUCUCUCCUCCAGUUCAUGAAACAGGUUCACAGUGGUGUCUGGGGGUUCGUGCUGGAUGGGAUGGAUGGAAGGGGUGUUCUCAAUGCCACCAUCAGCGUUGCUGACAUCAACCACCCGGUGACCACCUACAAGGAUGGAGACUACUGGCGCCUCUUGGUCCAGGGGACCUACAGGAUCACAGCAUCUGCCCGAGGGUAUGAUCCAGUCACUAAGACGGUGGAAGUUGGCAGCAAAGGUGGGGUGCAGGUCAACUUCACUCUUUCACGGACAGACAUCAAAGUGGAGGAGGGGAAGGUGCCAAUCUUGAACACCCCAGACACCAUCGACCCCAACGAGAAGGAGUUUGAGACCCUGAUCAAAGACCUGUCUGCUGAGAAUGGCCUGGAGCGUCUCCUGCUCACCUCCGCGGGGGAUGUCUCCCCUUACCGGUACCGCCCCUACAAGGACCUCUCAGAGUUCCUCCGAGGCCUCUACCUGAACUACCCCCACAUCACCAACCUCACCAGUUUGGGUCAAAGCGUCGAGUUCCGUCAGAUCUGGUCCCUCGAAAUCUCCAACAAGCCCAACCAGUCUGAGCACGAGGAGCCAAAGAUCCGCUUCGUUGCUGGCAUCCAUGGCAAUGCUCCCGUUGGUACAGAGCUGCUCCUGGCACUGGCAGAAUUCCUUUGCAUGAACUACAAGAAGAACUCUGCUGUUACAAAGCUGAUCGACCGGACGCGGAUUGUGAUUGUGCCUUCCCUGAACCCAGACGGGCGUGAGAUAGCCCAGGAGAGAGGCUGCACCUCCAAGGUGGGCCAGACCAAUGCCCACGGCAAAGAUCUGGACACAGACUUCAUAAGCAAUUACUCCCAGUACCUGGGGACACGAGAGCCUGAGACUAAAGCAAUGGAGAACUUGAUACUGAAGCAGGAUUUCAGCCUCUCUGUUGCACUAGAUGGAGGAUCUCUGCUUGUCACUUACCCGUAUGAUAAGCCAGCACAGACAGUGGAGAACAAAGAAACACUGAAGCAUUUGGCAUCUCUGUAUGCAAACAACCAUCCGCUGAUGUAUUUGGGCCAGCCAGGCUGUCCAAAUAAGUCAGAUGAGAAUAUUCCUGGCGGUGUGAUCCAAGGCUCUGAAUGGCACAGUCACUUGGGAAGCAUGAAGGAUUUCAGUGUCACGUUUGGUCAUUGUCCUGAGAUCACAGUUUAUACCAGCUGCUGCUACUUCCCGAGCGCAGGGCAGCUCCCCAGCCUGUGGGCAGAACACAGGAAAUCUCUCCUCAGCAUGCUCGUGGAGGUCCAUAAGGGAGUCCAUGGGUUUGUCCAAGACAAGAAUGGCAAGGCAAUUUCUAAAGCUACCAUUGUUCUUAAUGAAGGCUUGAAGAUCUACACUAAAGAAGGUGGCUAUUUCCACGUGCUCUUGGCUCCAGGUUUGCAUAACAUUGAUGCAAUAGCUGAUGGGUACCAGCAGAAACGUGUCAAGGUCUUUGUACGUCAGGAUGCGCCCAGCUCUGUGCUCAUUGUGUUUGACACAGCAAACAGAGUGUUUGGUCUGCCCAGGGAGCUGGUUGUGACUGUUGUGCAAGCAUGUCUGCUCUGGUCCUCACUGCCUGCAUCAUCUGGUGUGUGUGCUCCAUUAAGUCCAACAGGCACAAGGACGGGUUCCACCGCCUCCGGCAGCACCACGACGACUACGAGGACGAGAUCCGCAUGAUGGCCACUGGCUCCAAGAAGUCCCUCCUGAGCCAUGAAUUCCAGGAUGAAACAGACACUGAAGAAGAAACAUUGUACUCCAGCAAACACUGACACCCAGGGCAGGAAGGAGGUUCCCGUGGACCAGACCCAGAGGCCGGGGCGAUCCCUGUGGUUCAGUUCUGAGACAUUAGUUUGCAGGA